CUCUGUUGCGGCGGUGGGUCGGUGCCGCUGUCCCCGUGCUGGCACGCUCCUCCGCGUUUACCGUUUAUCUUUCGAUUUGAUUCCCCCCUCCCCCCUUUACGGCUAAAUUUCGAAAUUAGUUGCCCACUCAUAACAGCAAUCACCAAAUUCCCUUUCUAAAUAGCAAAUCGGCGUCAAAAAGAGUGAGAUCUAAAAAGAUGGCGGUGAGCGGGACGUCGGGGUCGGCGGUCGCCCGGCUGGAGGGCCGCGAGUUCGAGUACCUGAUGAAGAAGCGCUCGGUGACGGUGGGCCGGAACUCGUCGCAGGGCUCCGUGGACGUGAGCAUGGGCCACUCCAGCUUCAUCUCGCGGCGGCACCUGGAGAUCUUCACCGCGGCCGAGGACGGAGCCGGCGGCGGCGGAGACUUCUACCUGCGGUGCCUCGGCAAAAACGGGGUGUUCGUGGACGGGGUGUUUCAGAGGCGAGGGGCUGCCCCUCUGCAGCUGCCCCGAGUGUGCACGUUCCGAUUUCCCAGCACAAACAUCAAGAUCACGUUCACCGCCCUGUCAAACAACAAAAAAGACAGGAGGAACGCCCCGGAGUCUCCUGUGAAGUCGGUCCAACCCCAGAUCUCACCGCUAACCAUUAACAUUCCAGACAACAUUGCCCACCUGAUGAGUCCCCUGCCUUCUCCCACCGGCACGAUCAGCGCUGCCAACUCAUGUCCCUCCAGUCCUCGGGGGGCAGGGCUGUCCAGCUACAGGGUGGGCCGCGGCCUUGCAGCCGAGCUCAUUGGCGACAACUCCCAGUCUGAAAAUGAUAAAGAAGCCUCUGGCGGGGACAGUCCAAAGGAUGAUUCCAAACCACCAUAUUCUUAUGCACAACUGAUUGUUCAAGCAAUUACCAUGGCCCCAGAUAAACAACUCACUUUGAAUGGUAUAUACACCCACAUCACCAAGAACUACCCAUACUACAGAACAGCAGACAAGGGCUGGCAGAAUUCUAUUCGCCACAAUCUGUCCUUAAACCGUUACUUCAUCAAAGUGCCGAGAUCUCAAGAGGAGCCAGGCAAGGGCUCCUUCUGGAGGAUAGACCCCUCCACGGAGAGCAAGCUCAUCGACCAGGCCUUCCGCAAGCGCCGGCCGCGUGGUGUGCCCUGCUUCAGGACGCCCCUUGGGCCCUUGUCCUCCAGGAGUGCCCCCGCUUCUCCUAACCACACGGGGGUGCUGUCCGCCCACUCCAGCGGCGUGCAGACUCCGGACAGCCUGUCGCGGGAAGGCUCACCCGUUCCGGCCGAUCCAGAGCCCAUUCCUGCCCCCGCUCCAGCUGCCACCGUUCAGCCGAAACUAGCCGUCAUCCAGGAGGCGCGUUUCGCGCAGAACACACCAGGCUCGCCAGUCACCAGCCAGCCAGUGCUGAUUGCCGUACAGAGGCAGCUCCCUCAGACGCUGAAACCCAUGACGUACGCCGUUACCACGGCGCCUGCCACCACCACCUCCGCCGGCCAGCAGCCCGUCGUGCAGACAGUCCACGUUGUGCACCAGAUCCCCACCGUUUCCGUCGCUGCCGUGGCGGGCUUCGCUGCUCCGGCCGACGGCCAGGCGGACCCGCAGGAGAACGGCGACCACCAAGAAGUCAAAGUGAAAGUCGAAGCCAUGCCCACCACCAUCACGACGACCUCUAUAGGUGGAGCCAGUCGUAUCCUUCAGACAUCCCAAGCCACGCCCAUACAGACGGUCACAAUAGUGCAGCAAGCGCCGCUGGGUCAGCACCAGCUCCCUGUGAAGGCCAUAACACAAAAUGGCACCCAUGUGGUGGCUGCAAUCCAAGGAUCCACAUCCACGGCGAGUCCCCUCCACAUGCUGGCCACCCACGCCUCGGCCUCCGCCUCGCUGCCCACCAAGCGGAUGAGCGGCGAGCUGGCCGAGCCACCCGAGCCCAAGCGCCACAAGGCCGACGACGGCGGGGACGCCGCGGCAGAGAGGGACGCCACCGCCUAGGGACGCCGCAGCCGUGACCUUUGGCCUCACAGACCGUUUUUCCGUAGUUGAGCCCGCCCGCCACACCUCCGUCAUCCGUCAUUCAGUCCAAGGUGCCAAAGGGUGAAGCAAGAGGCAGGAGAGGAUUGCGGAGUGAAAUUCCGAAGAUGGUAGGGACAUGCAGUACUCAAGGAAGUAGUUCCCGAGGCUGUUGCGAGGAGGACAACUGAACGUGGACAGUAGGAGAGCAUCAGGAGGCCUUUUAAAGAAAUAUUUAAUUACACACAGACAUAUGCAUAUAUAUAUAUUGACAUGGCGUACUUAAAGCUACAGAAUAUAUUUUAGAUCAAACCUGGGCACAACCUCGUAGGAAGUCCCAUGCCUCCAUCUCUACUACCUCUGGGCAGAACUUGGAUAGUGGAGAGAUCUUGACCAAGAUGGAUUUUGCUUUCCCCAGAAGAACUGCUGGCAGCCUAACGAGCUGGAAGUUCAAUUGAAAUGAAUCCGUUUAAAAUUGCCUGGGGCUCCAGGUAUCCUCCAAGCAUUUCUGUGUAUGCAGGUAAUUAUUCCUUCUGGGCUCAUCAACUAUGGUUUUCCUUAACUGUAGCAUAACUACUCGAUGGAUUUACAUUGUAUAUACAGUAGAUCUAAUUUAUAGGCACAAGUCCUAUCCAACAGGUUGUUGAAUAUACUGAGCAUAUGGGGAGAAGACAAGAAUUUUUGAAGAGGUCAGAUAAGAACUUGCCAAACAGUAAAUGACAAACCUACACACAGUGGCAACCUAUGGGUUGUUUUUGGUGUUCUUUUUGUUUUUAGUCUUUGAACAUGAGCUUGGUUCUCUUUGGUAAUGGUAGAAUGGGGAACUUUUCCCCUAUCAUGGCAGCUAGCCUCAAUGUCGACCUACCUACCUAAUGCAGUCUUUAGUAGAUAUGCAGUAAUUUGUUGUACAUGUGUAUCUUAUGAUAUUAUUUGUCUGUAUUGUUCUCCAUGGCACAGAUAUUCAACAACAAGAACAACAACAACAAAAAAAAAAACCGCAAUGUUAACGUGAGGUCAUUGGCAUUUUAUAAAAACAUGGACUCGGAUGUUUAUGAAAAUGAAUGUAGUAGCUUCCUCAAAAAAACACUAUUCAUAGAGGACUUGUGUUACUUCUGUUGAAUCAAAUCCAGAUGUUUUCUCACAUUCUCAGUUUUUUUUUUCUUCCAUUUUUCAUUUUAAACAAAUAACCUAUGAGAUAAGAAAUAUAUUUCCACUUGUAUUUCAUUAAAAUAUUUCAUCCAAGCUUGCAUGAAAAAUGUGUAGAGAAAAAUAUACAGUACCUGAGUUGGUUCCUUAGAAAGGAAGUGGGAAGGAAGAAGGGACAUGAGACUUGAGAAGACCUGCCUCCCAUAUGGACCAUUACUGCACUUAAAUCGUUAAUGCCAUUUCCUUUGCUCCCUCAACCCUGUUUAUGUUUCCAGUAUGUCCUUGGCUGUGUGUUAACUAUGUGUUACAGUUGACGGUCUCUUUGCCUGUUUAAUAUUAUUUUACUUUGUUCAGACAGCUGAAAAAGUUCACUCAGACCAUACGUGUUCCACAAAAAAAAAGUACUAGAUGUUCUUCAGCUUUGGUGGGUAAAUGCAUUUUUUACAUAAAUUAAAAGCUCCAUAAUUUCUGUUCUCA